UUCUCGUCGAUCUCUCUUUCUUUUGUAUGAACUUUGCCCUAUGGGUUAUUUCCUCGAUCUUUUCAUUGGGUUUUUUUUUUUUGUCAUUUGAUUUCAUUGUUUGCAGGGGUUCAAAUGGUGAGAGUAAAGGGUUUUGUUUUAACUGAGGAAAUAUUGUUGAAUGGUGGAGGAAUGAUGUUUGAUUGGUGGGAUGAGAUUGAUGAAUAUGAGGGAUGGCAGAGAUUCAUUUUCUCUUUGUUAUCAGCUUCCUAUGCUUUUGUUUCCAUUGUUGCCCUGGUACAGCUGUGUCGUAUUCACUUGAGAGUGCCAGAGUUUGGGUGGACAACACAAAAAGUUUUCCACUUGAUGAACUUCAUUGUGAAUGGAUUGAGGGCCGUUCUGUUCGGUUCCUACAAGAGCGUGUUUCUCGUUCAAUCGAAGGCACUUGAAACGGUGCUUCUGGAUCUUCCCGGUCUUCUGUUUUUCUCGACAUAUGCAUUGCUGGUCCUUUUCUGGCCUGAGAUAUAUCACCAGGAAAGAAGCCUUCCUGUUAACAAACUACAGCCGGCGUACUACAGCAUCAACGGACUUAUAUACUUCAACCAGGCAUGCCUAUGGAUUUCGGUACGAUUAAGUAAGAGCCAGCUUACAGUGGAAAUUAGUAAACUCUUUGUUUCUGUCAUGAUGUUCUUUGCUGCAUUGGGGUUCAUGAUAUAUGGUGGGAGGUUCUUCAUGUUGAGACGGUUCCCUAUCGAAUCGAGAGGCCGUCAGAAGAAACUGUUAGAGGUUGGCUUUGUGACAGCAAUAUAA